AUGCAACCAUUAAAUUCUUUUUUUCAUGGCCGACAUGGCUCUAGUUGUGUCUUAAAAGGUAAAAACGUUGAGGCUAAGAUGGGCGAUGGAAAUACUCAAAAUAACUCUUUAACUAAAGAAAUAAAAACAAAACUAAAAAUGGAAAAGAUCAUUAAGAACUCUGGAAGAGGCGUUUGUGAAAGCUGUGAAAAAAGCAAAAAACAAUUAAAAAAUUUUCAGUCAACUCAUAAUAAUGAAAUUGUGUUUAACAGACAAGUUUUUUUAUUUAAACAUUUAGAUGGUGAUAGAAGAGUUAAUACUCAAGGAACAUCUAAGGAUAUUCAUCCAGUGAUUUUAUCAUUAGGUUUGCAAUAUUCUGAGUUCAAAAUAUGUGGGUCAAAUGCUAGAUGCAUUUUCAUGCUAAAUUCGCUUAAACAAGUAAUUCAGGAUUAUCAUACACCGAGUGGAACUACGUUGCAACGUCAUUUGCAAUCAUAUAUUAAUCUUCAUAUUGCUCAUCUUGUUCUUUCAAGACCACUUAGUGUUAGUAUGAGAAAUGCUAUAAGAUUUUUGAAGUUGGAAAUAUCGAAUUCUAGUAUAGAUCUUGGAGAAGACGAGGCAAAGAAUCUUCUUAUAAAACGUAUAGAUCGUUUUAUUAGAGAUAGAAUUACUGUUGCCGAUCAGGUUAUUGUAGCAGCUGGACAAGAUAAAAUUAAUAAUGGGGAUGUGAUUUUGACAUAUUCAAGAUCGUCUAUUGUUGAGCAAGUACUUAUAGAAGCAUAUGAACGUCAUAAACUUUUUCGUGUAAUUGUUGUAGAUUCGCGUCCUGGCUUUGAAGGGAAAGAAUGCGUUCGUAGGCUUUCUAGAGUUGGUAUAACAUCAACAUAUUUAACUAUUUCUUCUCUUAGCUAUAUUAUGCGAGAAGUUACAAAAGUAUUUUUGGGUGCGCAUGCAAUGUUAUCGAAUGGUGCUUUAUAUUCUCGGGUCGGUACUUCUAUUGUGGCUAUGACUGCAAAAGACAAUAAUAUACCUGUUAUUGUGUUUUGUGAAUCUUAUAAAUUUACAGAUAGAGUUCAGUUAGAUUCAUUUGUAAAUAAUGAAUUAGGGCCGACUGAUAAUUUAGUUGAUAUUUCCUGUGGUAAUUGUUUUAAAUUAGGGCCUUUAUCAUCAUGGUAUGAACUUGCUAAUUUAAAGCUUCUUAAUUUAAUGUAUGAUGUGACACCCGCAAAUUUUAUAAAUGUAUGUAUUUCAGAAAUGGGUAUAUUGCCCUCUACGUCAGUAUCGAUUUUAGUUCAUGAAUUUAAAUAG